CAAACGUACUUUACUAAUUCCUCUGCUCCAAAAUUUAGCACUUAAAAGAACCAUUCAUGACUUUACAAUCUUUCAUCGCUCCCUCAUCUCCGGUAAUUGUUCACAAGACGUCACCAUGGCACUCGCCGGUUCCGUACCUUUUUGGUGGACUUGCUGCCAUGCUAAGUCUCAUUGCUUUUGCUCUCUUGAUUCUUGCUUGCUCAUACUCCAAGCACAACAACCGUGAAAACAACGAAGAAGGCGAACGAGACCUUGAGGCUGGAAACAUGAAACCGGAUAGUAAUAAUGACAAGGAAUUACCACAUGUUUUUGAAGAAAAGUAUUUGGUAAUCAUGGCAGGACAAGCGAACCCGACUUUUUUAGCAACACCUGUUUCGAGUAGACCCACGUUGGUUUAUAGUUGUAGUUGCCAGAGGAACGUGUCGGAGAAUUCUUCGACUUGUGAGGAGAAUGAGAAAGACAAAGAGGGUGAUCAGCUACAAGUAAGGAGCAAUAUGGGUGACCAUGAUACUUCAGAUCGGCUAGCUUGAUUGAAAGAUCAAGUAUAUUGCGGGUUGUAUAGUAAAUAGGUGUUUAAUUAUUAACCGGUGAGCCACUACCCCGAGUUUAAUUUACCCAUAAAAUGAAAGUUCGAUUUCAUUCAUUGGAGCCUUAGUGGGGUUAAUUUCUUCGUGGAUGCGUACUCGGUGAGAACGUAGCAAGACUCCAUUAUAAUAUGAAGUUUAGUGACGAUAGAAGACAUUAGUUACGCUCUUGUAUCCAUUUUAGUUUAACUAAAGGAAUAUUGUACAUCAAAUUUUGAAGAAGGAAAAGGAAAAAAAAGAAGCUUAUUUCGUUAUUGGAAUUUUGCAAUUUUAUUAUGGGAUUAUUUACGUCAUUGGUAAA